AUGACGGUCAUGGGACCACCUGGGGUCUAUAGAGCAGGGACCCUCGCGCCGGGCGCGAACAAGGGCGCGAAUCAAAGUCAGCCGACGCCAUGCCCUCGUCCCAUCCCAUCCCAUCACCCUGAUUUUCGGCUGCCCGCGCUCCCGGAAAACGUCGACCUUUGGCGAUGGAUAAAAAGCCAACCCGUGCGUGUUCGCCUCUCUUUCCUUGUUCUUUGCCUUGUUCGCUGGACUCGGGCUGGUGCUUACGCUCUGUUAAUUCGGAACGCUGCAGAGCAAGGUGAAUCGAACGCCGAUCGCAAAAAGGACGAGCAGCAAGCGAACGUACGUUCUCUGAUGGCGAAGUCGACGGUGAUAGCGGGCGCGGUCGCUCUUGCGGCUGUGUCGUACAGUGUUGCGCAGAGUAGUAACAGCAGCACCUUGCCUGGGCUUCCUGAGGGUGCGGUGUACAUCAACCCUCUAGACUACAACGUCCUCGGCCCAACCAGCACCUGGUACAGUGCGCGAAACGCGUCCGCGCUCGUGGGCUUCAACCCGACGUACACCGCGCCGCCGUUCAUCCAGGUCUUCGACCCCGCGUUCCUCUCCGCGCUUGGGCCGAACGCGCAGAUCAAGCAGGUCGCCGCGACGCCCGGUUACUCGAUCGCACACGAGGCGCCGAUCUACGUGCCUGAGCUGAACGUGGUGUUCUUCUCGAGCAACGACGGUGGGCCGGGCGGGUAUAGUGGGUGGUACAAUAAUAGCGUUGUGAGCUAUGUGAAUGUUAGUGAUAUCGAGAGUGCGUGGGCGCAGGGCGGGGAGAUUGAUGUGCCUAUACAUGUGCUGAACCUCUCGGACUCGGUGCAGAUGGUGAAUGGUGGGACGGGUCCGUACAAGGGCAACCUGCUGCUUGCGACGUCCGGUCGCGCAGAUCUUCCGUCGUCGAUCGUGACAGUGAACCCGUAUCCGCCGUACAAUGCGACGGUCUUGCUGGACAACUUCUACGGACGGCAGUUCAACUCGCUCAACGAUCUCAAGGUGCUGCCGGGCACCGACAUCAUCUACUUUACGGAUCCGAUAUACGGCUGGCUAAACGGCUUCCGUCCCCAGCCGGAACUUCCCUGCCAGGUGUACAGGCUCGAUCCGUCCACGGGCCAGGUACGGGUGGUCGCAGACCAGUUCUACUACCCCAACGGCAUCGCGUUCACGCCCGACGGGCGAACUGCAUAUGUGACUGAUACGGGUGUAUCCGGAGGAUUCCUGGGAUCGAACGAUACAUACCCUGCCACGAUAUACCAAUACGACGUCGACCCGGCGACGGGCUCGUUCAUGAACCGACGCGUGUUCGCGUACAGCGACUCGGGCGUGCCCGACGGGAUCCAGCUCGACACGCUCGGCAACGUGUACUCGGGCAACGGCGAGGGCACGCACGUGUGGAACUCGCAGGGGACGCUGAUCGGCAAGUUUUAUCUGAACAGCACGACGGCGGAGAUGAUCUUCACGCGGAGCGGGCUGCUGAUCCUCGACGAGACGUCGUUGUAUUUUGCGAAUAUCACCGCGCAGGGUCUCGAUCUCACUACGCUCUAG